AUGGAAGACUAUCAUAAACCUGACCAGCAGACAGUGCAGGCACUGAAGAACAUUGCUAACCGCCUAAGAAUCAAUUCCAUCAAGGCAACAACUGCAGCAGGCAGUGGGCAUCCAACAUCAUGCUGCAGUGUGGCAGAAAUCAUGUCUGUGCUCUUCUUCCAUACAAUGAAGUACCGACCUGAUGACCCUAGGAACCCCAAUAACGAUCGCUUCAUCCUGUCAAAGGGUCAUGCAGCCCCUGCCCUGUACUCUAUGUGGGCAGAAACUGGCUUCCUGAAGGAAAGUGAACUCCUGAGCCUAUGCCAGGUUGACUCCACCUUGGAAGGUCACCCAACACCAAAGCAGCAGUUUGUGGAUGUGGCCACUGGCUCUUUGGGACAGGGCCUCGGGGUGGCUUGUGGAAUGGCCUACACUGCGAAGUACUUUGAUAAGUCCAGUUACCGUGUAUACUGUCUGCUGGGGGAUGGUGAGAUGUCGGAGGGUGCAGUGUGGGAGGCUAUGGCCUUCGCCUCAUAUUACCAACUGGACAACCUGGUGGCCAUCCUGGACAUCAACCGUCUUGGUCAGAGUGAUCCUGCCCCUCUUCAGCACCACGUGGAGAAGUACCAGAGACGCUGUGAGGCCUUCGGUUGGCAUGCCAUCAUUGUUGAUGGGCACAGCGUAGAGGAACUCUGCAAGGCUCUGUGUCAGCCUAGACACCAGCCCACCGCCAUCAUUGCGAAAACCAUUAAGGGGAAAGGCAUUCCUGUGGCGGAGGAUAAGAUGGGUUGGCAUGCUAAGGCCCUGCCCAAAGAUAUCGCCGAGAGCGUGAUCAGGGACCUGCAGAGCCGCAUCCUCAACUGCAAUAAGCGUUUGUACCCUGCGACACCCAUGGAGGAUGCCCCGCCCGUCAGCCUGCGUAACAUCAGGAUGCCCAGUGCACCAAGCUACAAACCUGGAGAGAAGAUUGCUACACGGAAGGCGUAUGGAAUGGCUCUGGCUAAGUUGGGUCGCUAUAAUGAGCGAGUGGUUGCCAUGGAUGUUGACACCAAGAACUUCACCUACUCUGAGAUCUUUAAGAAUGAGCACCCCAACCGCUAUGUGGAGUGCUACAGCGCUGAGCAGAACAUGGUCAGUGUCGCCAUGGGCUGUGCUGCUCGUGAGAGGAAUGUUGUGUUUGCCAGCUCCUUGGCCACUUUCUUCACUCGAGCGUAUGACCAGCUGCGCAUGGCUGCUAUCUCAGAGAGCAACAUCAAUCUCUGUGGAUCCCACUGCGGCCUGUCUGUCGGUGAGGAUGGACCUGCUCAGAUGGGCUUGGAGGAUAUGGCCAUUUUCAGAGCCAUUCCCACUGCAACCAUCUUCUACCCCAGCGAUGGUGUGUCCACUGAGAAGGCAGUGGAACUUGCUGCAAAUACUAAGGGCAUUUGCUUCAUCAGGACCAGCCGCCCAGAGAGCACAGUCAUCUACAACAGCAACGAGGACUUCCAUGUCGGACAGGCUAAGGUGGUGUGUCAGAGCAAGGACGACCAGGUCACCGUCAUUGGAGCAGGAGUGACUCUGCACGAGGCUCUGACUGCAGCCGAACAGCUGAAGAAAGAGAGGAUCUUCAUCAGGGUGAUCGACCCAUUCACCAUCAAACCCCUGGAUAACAAAACCAUCAUCGAAAACGCCCGCAAUACCAGAGGUCGCAUUAUUACCGUCGAGGACCAUUAUUAUGAGGGUGGCCUUGGGGAGGCAGUGUGCUCAGCCAUAGUAAAUGAGCCAGGGUUCACCCUGCAGCGCUUGGCUGUUGCCCAUGUGCCACGCAGUGGGAAACCCUCUGAGUUGCUGAAGAUCUAUGGCAUCGACCAUGAUGCCAUUGCCCAGGCUGUCCGCAAGAUGCUCAGCAGCUCAGCCAAUGCUAAGUAA